AUGGUGUUUGACUUCCCUGCCGACGCCGAUUACCACAUGAUUGCAAACGAGCCUUACAUUGACAACAUCGAUGUCAUGCAUCACAUUGUGUUGUUCGGAUGCGAAAGCCAAGACACAAUUCAUCGGCCCGGUGAGUUGUUUGAUUGUCAGAUGGGAGUAGACCCUGCCUGUAUGUCUAUGAUAGGAGUGUGGAGUUUUGGUAUGAACGGCGAGUGUGCUCACCCAGAUAUGGGCUUCCGAAUCGGCAAGACGGGGUUCAAGAGAGGUAUAAUGCAGGUACAUUGGAACAACCCUCAAGAAAGAGCCGACUAUGUGGACAGCUCUGGCAUGGUUCUGCAUCUAACAACCAAACUACGCAAAUACGACGCCGGAAUCCUCUUUGUGGGGCAGAACUACAUCCACAUCCCUCCAAAAGAGGAGAAUGUUGUUAUUAACGGAUCGUGUUCGUCCGAGUGUACGAAGACAUUGAUUAGGGACGAGGUGAAGAUCCCGGUUGCCUGGAACCAUAUGCACGCUCUUGGUAGGGCACAGAGACUCGAACUAAUACGGGAUGGGAUCAAGAUCAAGGACCUUGCUUACGACCCGAAAUACGACUACAACACACCAGUCGUUCAUACGUGA